AAAAAAAAAGAGAAAGAAGAAGAAAAAGAGAAGGAAAGGAAAAGAGAUAAGAAAAAGAAAGGGGGAAAAGAGGGUUUGUUCCAAUUUGGGGGCAGCGCGGCAACAACUCAAUCGUUUAACCCCUUUUCCGUUUGAUGGCCGUAAGGCCUUUACAAUUCAUCGUUUCCUACGCUCGCCACCCCAUCUCCUCUCCCUCCUCUUUAAUUUCCCCUCCUCAUCGACCCACGCCGUCGGCCUUCUUCCUCCUCCGCCGUCUAUCCUCCGGGGCCCCACUUGUUCCUCCUAUCCACCAACAGCAGCCGAAGCAGAAGCAAAAGCCCAAUAAAGACAAACCCUCGCCGCCGCCGCCGUCAACCCAGGGGCUUACCCGUUCUUCCAAGGUUCCUCCCCCUUAUUCUCCCGGCCUCCGGGCUUCGUCUGUGUCUAUUAACGAAACCAUGGCGCAGAAGAUCGGAAAGUCUAUCCGCCGGCCGGGCGCCCCCUCCAAAGCUCGGGUUUAUCCCGAUAUAAACGUGAUCCGCCCUAAGGAGUAUUGGGACUACGAGUCGCUAACUGUCCAAUGGGGGGAGCAGGACGACUAUGAAGUGGUAAGGAAGGUAGGGCGAGGGAAAUACAGCGAGGUUUUUGAAGGAGUUCAUACAACCAAUGACGAGAAAUGUGUUAUUAAAAUUCUAAAGCCUGUCAAGAAGAAGAAGAUCAAGAGGGAGAUUAAGAUACUACAGAACCUUUGUGGUGGUCCGAAUAUUGUGAAGUUGCUUGAUAUUGUCAGAGAUCAGCAGUCUAAGACACCAAGUCUCAUAUUUGAAUAUGUGAAUAACACAGAUUUUAAAGUUCUCUACCCUACACUUUCAGACUAUGACAUCCGGUAUUAUAUUUACGAACUUUUGAAGGCCUUAGAUUAUUGCCAUUCUCAAGGUAUUAUGCAUCGUGACGUGAAGCCCCAUAAUGUCAUGAUUGACCAUGAGCAGCGUAAGCUUCGUCUCAUAGACUGGGGACUUGCUGAGUUUUACCAUCCUGGGAAGGAAUAUAAUGUUCGUGUUGCUUCUAGGUACUUUAAAGGGCCUGAACUUUUGGUUGAUUUGCAAGACUAUGAUUACUCUUUGGACUUGUGGAGCCUUGGUUGUAUGUUUGCUGGAAUGAUAUUCAGGAAAGAGCCUUUCUUUUAUGGGCAUGAUAACUACGAUCAAUUAGUCAAGAUUGCAAAGGUGUUGGGGACAGACGAGUUAAAUGCGUACUUGAACAAAUAUCGAUUAGAACUUGACCCACAGUUAGCAGCAAUGGUUGGAAGGUUUGGUCACUGUGCCUUUCUUACCUAUCCUCGUAUGGCCUGUUAUCAUUCUUUUAAAAAAACGGGGUCUUUCUUGUUUCGCAGGCAUAGCAGGAAACCAUGGACAAAGUUCAUCAACUCAGAUAAUCAACAUUUAGCUGUACCUGAGGCGAUUGAUUUUGUUGACAAACUGCUGCGGUAUGACCACCAAGAAAGGCCUACUGCAAAAGAAGCAAUGGUAAGUUUGUGUUCCUUGGUUGCCUUUCCGAUAAAGACACUGUGUUUAUCAAAAACCAAACAUUUAAGCACCUAUAUUUUUAUUCUGCAGGCCCACCCUUACUUAUAUCCUGUAAGAAGUGCAGAAAGCAGCAGAACUCGUACUCAAUGAGAUUGAGUUCAAACCCGGAUUUGAAUAGCUUACAAUUUUUUUUUCCCGAUGUACCCCCAUUUAAGUAUUCCUGUAGAAUUGGUUAGACUUUGAUUUGUCAAUUUUUCUAUUCGUGAUCUUAAUUAGAUAAUCCGUUUGGGUGUUGGUUGAUUUCUCCAAACCUCGUCUAACUUAUGUGCUUUUCAUAUAGAGAUUUCUGGGCAAGAAUUCCUUGCUUUUUUAUUUGAAGUAAAAUUUGCAUGUCAAGUUUGUGAUAGAUGGCUGCCUUCCUGUCCUGGUGAGCCCUGAUAGGUAUCGGACAGUCCUUGCACCGUGAUUCACGAGGCAAUUUUGUAGACUUAUCACUUUUUUUGAUUUGUGAGUUUAAGUCUUGGAAAAGUGUGAAGUCUCCUCAUUAGUUCUUUGUUGCAAUGUUAAUGACUUUUCCAGCUGCUUGGUAAUGUUUUAGUAGUUGUAAGCUUGUGUAAGGGUGGAUGCGGCACUUAAGGCCACUUCCUCUUCAUUCAGUAUAGAGAUAAUCUGAACUAAUUAGAGAUUUCAAUUUCAUUUGCAAGAAAUUUGGACUAGGUGAACAAAUAGAGUGAGCAACACGUUCA